AUGUUCGUCAAGUCUUCUCUCAUCACUCUUGCCAUCGCAGCGGCUAUCCCAGAAGCCUUUGCUCGUCCUUUGCUCUAUCCUCGUCGCUUCGGUCAGGAGCAGUGCGGAGGCAUUGGAGGUGAAAUCGGUGCCGCCUGUAAUGGUGCAAUUUGCGGUGUCCUUGGUGGACGCGUUCCUGGAACUCUUUUGGCUGGCGCCGCCAUUUGUGCUCAGCAAGAUCUUGCAGACGAUAUCAUCGAUGCCUCCAAGACCCAGGAUGCCGCUACGGCUGCCAAGAUGGUCGAGCUCGCCAUCAAGUUCAGACAGUGCGAGAAGAACACUCCUCCUGACUUCUCCACCAACCCACCGACGCUUCGCAACAGUGUCUUCUGCCAGAAGGCACCUCGCAAUGCUCAACUUGUCGGUCUCAAUCAAGCUCAGGAUCCCGCCAACGAUCCCGAUCUCUUCUUCGAUCCAGAGACCAAGACGACUGUCAGGAAGGGUUCUCAAGCGAACACUUCACCGUUGGCUGGCGGUGCUGCUGCAGCACCCGCUGAGAACAAUAACAACGGCAACAACAAUAACGCAAACCAGGGAGACGCCAAUAACAAUGGCAAUGCCAACCAGGGCGACGCCAACAACAACGACGGCAAUGCCGGUGCUACUGGUUCGUGCCCACCUCAGCAGACUGUGACCGUCACAGCUCAACCCAAUGUCACAGGCACCUGCCCUCCUGCCGCUACCGUGACUGUUACAGCGACGGAGAACAAGGUCGCAAGCACCCCAGCGGCCGCCGCUCCUGCUCAAACCGUUGAGGCAGCUCCAUCCGGCGCACUCAACUUUGGAUCCUGCACAAACCCUGCUGUUGAAUUCGGUCCCGGCUUUGAGGGUCGCAAACUUGCCGAGUUCAGCUUUCAACCUCAAAACCGCAACGAGUUUGCCCAGUCUUCUGCCCUGAACGGACAGAUUGUCCUCAACGCCAUCUGCAACAUUCUUGCUGACAAGUGCAAGGCCCCCGCUGAAACCGUCACGGCUUGCAGGAACGCCAUUACAGCCGUCGCCAACGUGGCUGGUGGAGCAAAGGCGGAUCAGUUCAACGCCGCCCUCGGUAUCGAGACCAACUUUGCUCAGGUUCCCGCUGCUGUUGGUGGUGGAGCUGGUGAUGCUGCUCUCGCUUCAAAGGCCAACUUCAACAAGUGCGACGUCCCCACGGUCCAAUUCGGCAUCUUUGAUGGCCGCAAGGAGAACUCGUUUGCUCCCUCUGGCAAAGGCUUUGUUCACGGUUCUGCUCUCAACGGAAAGAUUAUCACCACUUUCAUUUGCGACCGUGUCAAGAGCGAUUGCGACGCCAACACCGUCGCCAUCCAGGACUGCACAGCUGCCAUCGCGGCUUCUGACGGUCUUACUGGCCAGGCGUUUGCUGAUGCGUUCAACAACGCUGUCAAGAAGAACGUCUAA